AUGCUCAAAACGAGCCAGGAGGUGACUCCCUCUUACCGACUCGGCUCAAGUGAGCUCGGAUGCAAAAUACUGAUUUGUGAGAUAAAUGAUAAUGUCGGGGGAAGACGAGAUCAAGAUCAAGCAAGAUCGAAGAAUAAAGAGGAAAUAGCGGCAAGACAAAAGUACGGGGGGCAUCGGCACUGUCACUUGGCCGCCAUGACAAUUUUAGUGGCCAACCAGAUUUGGGCAGAAAAGACCAUCGUUUGUGCUUCAACUGUUAGACUGUUUGAAGCAAAUAAAGAAAGACGAGGGCACACGUGCUCGCUUUGCAACUCCCUCUUCACAAGACUCGGCAACCCAACUCAGCAUAUACGCAGCUGCCAGCUCUGCCGGCAAGGAUGCGGUCUGGCCUUUAUUCAAACCUCGACAAACAUUAAUCAUCAUGAGCUGAAUUGUUUCAUGGCAAGACCAAGACCGGUGACGCUGCAUCCUAUGCCAACACCAUUGCCGACCUCCUUACAUCCAUAUACAGCUACCUUUCUACCUACGCCAGGGUCGUUAUUAAUCGAUUUGACGUCUUUAGAGAGCGCCAUCUAUGACGCCACCGAUACCGAGAGCGGGACAAUAUUGCCCGACUUGAACGAUAACUUCAAGAUAUGGCUCAAGUGGCUGGAACAAGCCGACCCAGUCGCCAAAUACCGCACCCGCGUCGCACAAGCCCCAGAUCAAGGGGAAAGCAUGUAUGAUAACCUAGGUCUCAGCCUAAACCACAUGAACAGUCGCGCUCAGCACGACUCAGCCGCAAUGAGGCGAUACCUCGACAAGGUCUCAGCAGGGAAUUUUAUACUGUCAGUCAGGAAACACACUUGUCGUUUGCGAUAUAGUGGAGGCAAGAUCUAUCUUCGAUAA